CGCCAUAAGCUUGUUAAACGGUGUGAGGAGGCAUCUGCUCUCUUUGUGUACAAGUUUUGUAUGUUUAUUUUCGUAUAGUUUGUUGAUUUGGUUGUUUAAUUUAAAAGCUUGUGGUUCCUUAUUUCUUUUAAAGGUUGUUCUAGAACUUCUAAAUUUUCUCGGUAAGCAUGGCGUAUCGCGGUGGACCAGGGGCCCAGAAGGUCCAGAAAGUGAUGGUGCAGCCAAUCAAUCUAAUUUUCCGAUACCUACAAAAUAGGUCAAGAAUCCAGGUCUGGCUGUAUGAACAAGUGAACAUGAGGAUAGAAGGCUGCAUUAUUGGAUUUGAUGAAUACAUGAACUUGGUUUUGGAUGAUGCUGAAGAAAUCCACAUGAAAUCAAAAGCAAGAAAGCCCCUGGGUCGUAUUAUGCUGAAGGGUGACAACAUCACGUUACUACAGAGUGUUUCAGGAUAGAACUUAACCCAGAUGACAUUUGGUCAUUUUAUAUACAUGUUUCUUUGAUUGUAAUUUGUUUAGAAUUUUUAUAAAUGUUUUGUAAAAUGCCUUACAGAAACUUCCUGUUCUCCAAGUUGAGUUGACCAAUGUUUUCUACAGUAUAGAAACUUCCGAAGAGUACUGUACUAUACGUUCCCUUCUCUAAGCUGAAAUCUAUUUCAUUUUGUAUUUAAGUGGUUCACUUUCUAACUGUAGCAUGUGUUGGGUUUGACGCAGAAUAAAUGUGAAGCUUUCUGUAA